UUGGGAUUGGGACCGGUACUCACACGGAAAAGAAUACGACGGAAAUAGAAGACAGAGUCAUCGAGAGUUUCACUCUGAAACAUCAAUGGCAGUUAGGGUUUUCUAUUGAUCCCCAAGACCUUAAUCUCCCGCCUAGACCUAUGUACUAACUACUCUCUCCUUCUAUCCCUCACUUGUUCGAAACCCUAAACGUUCCUUCUAAAGGGAAUCACUUUUGAGUUCAAUUCCUCCGUGUCUCGUCUUCGAAUCUGUGUUGGGCUGUGAUGGGCGAGCAAGACAAAUCUCCCAACGCCAGUGCGAUGCAGCGGGUGAAAGUCUAUCGUCUGAAUGGUGAUGGUAAAUGGGAUGACCAAGGAACCGGGCAUGUCACUAUUGACUAUUUAGAGGGAUCAGAAGAGCUGGGUCUGCUUGUCAUCGAUGAAGAAGACAAUGAGACAUUACUUAUGCAUCGGAUUAGCCCUCACGACAUCUAUAGAAAGCAAGAAGAUACAAUUAUCUCUUGGAGAGAUCCUGAAUUUUCAACUGAAUUGGCACUUAGCUUUCAAGAGACAGCUGGGUGCUCCUACAUAUGGGAUCACAUCUCUAGUUUACGAAGAAAUCUUCAUUUUAAUAAUCUGAAUAAUGAGACGUUUCAUGGUAUGAACAGUGAAUUGAGGGAGUUGCCUGCUGUUGAACUCUCAACACUUCCUUUGAUCCUUAAGAUGGUGACAGAGGGUGGGAUUGCAGAUCAGAUGCGGGUGACGGAACUUAUAUCGAAUGAUCGAGACUUUUUUGGAACGCUGAUGGAACUAUUCAGAAUCUGCGAAGACUUGGAAAAUAUUGAUGGCCUUCAAAUGAUAUUCAAAAUUGUCAAAGGGAUCAUUUCGCUAAAUAGCUCUCAAAUCUUCGAGAAGAUCUUUGGAGACGAAUUUAUUUUGGAUAUCAUUGGGACACUCGAGUAUGAUCCUGAGGUUGCUCAUGUCCAGCAUCAUCGGAAAUUUUUAAAAGAGCAUGUCGUUUUCAAGGAGGCCAUUCCAAUCAAAGAUCCACGGGUACUGUCAAAGAUUCACCAGACUUACAGAGUUGGUUAUUUGAAGGAUGUUGUUUUGGCAAGAAUAUUGGAUGAUGCCACGGUUGCUACUCUCAAUUCCAUAAUUCAUUCAAAUAAUGCUAUUGUUGUUUCUUUGUUAAAAGAUGACAAUACCUUUAUUCAGGAGUUGUUUGCAAGGUUGAAAUCGCCUACAGCAUCUGCAGAAUCAAAGAAAAACUUGGUAUAUUUCUUGCUCGAGUUUUGUAGUCUAAGUAAGACCCUGCAGAUGGUCCAACAGAUCCGCCUAUUUAGGGAUCUCAUAAAUGAAGGCAUCUUUGACAUCAUCACAGAUACUUUACAGAGUCGGGACAAGAAGCUUGUACUUACUGGGACAGAUAUCCUCAUUCUUUUCUUAAAUCAGGAUCCGAACCUCUUGCGUUCUUACAUUGUCCAGCAGGAAGGAAUACCGCUUUUUGGACUCUUGGUUAAAGGAAUGAUUACAGAUUUUGGGGAAGACAUGCAUUGCCAAUUUCUUGAAAUUCUUCGUAGUUUACUGGAUUCAUAUGCUUUGUCAGGCGCACAGAGAGAUACUAUUAUUGAGAUUUUUUAUGAGAAGCAUCUAGACCAAUUGAUUGAUGUUAUAGUGGCAUCAUGUCCUUCCAAUGGCAUUGGUCCCUCAGUUAGUAGAUCUGGGAGUUCUGGUGAAGAUGUUGAAGAUCAGAAUUGUGCUACGCCUGAAAUUCUCUCAAAUAUCUGUGAAUUACUUUGCUUCUGUGUUCUGCACCAUCCUUUUAGAAUAAAGUGUAAUUUUCUCCUUAAUAAUGCAAUUGACAAAGUUCUUUUACUGACCCAAAGAAAAGAAAAGUACCUAGUAGUUUCUGCUGUACGGUUUGUUCGCACAAUUUUGUCACGCCAUGAAGAGCAUCUUGUAAAUUACAUGGUUAAGAAUAACCUUCUCAAACCAAUUGUGGAUGCCUUUGUCAGCAAUGGGGAGCGUUAUAAUCUGCUGCAUUCAGCAGUUUUGGAGCUUUUUGAGUAUAUCCGCAAGGAAAACCUCAAAUCAUUGGUCAUAUAUAUAGUUGAUUCGUUUUGGAACGAGUUAGUUAAAUUCGAGUAUUUGGGUUCUAUUCACUCUCUUAAAGUUAAAUAUGAGCAGUGUCUGGAAAAUGUUGGGGCAAGAAGUGAUGUAAAUGCAUUGGACUCUAGAAAACAAAUUGAUGAUCGUGCUCUGGAGAAAGAGGAGGAAGACUACUUCAACAAGGAUAGUGAUGAGGAAGACACGGCAUCUGCAGUACAUAGCCAAAAAGUACAAGCUCAUUCAUCUUUAUCCAAUGGGGUUACUGCAUCAUUAAUUCCAAGAUCUGGUGGACUUGUUGAUUAUGAUGAUGAUGAAGAUGACGAAGACUACAGACCUCCGCCUAAGAAGCAGCCGGAAAAUUCAGCAGAAGAUGAAGGAACGAUUGAGACCCUCAGGUUGAAGCGUAAAAAGGCUUCUUCUACAGACAAGGAACCUGAGCUAGUCAAGAAGCAGCGCUUGGGUAAGACUUCCAAGUCAGGAGAGAGCGUAUUUGCCGCUUUGUGUUCAACAUUGAGCCAGGCAGUAUUACCCAGUAAGAAAACUGCUAGCAUGAUCCAAAUGGCUCCACGUACAGCUGAUGGGAACAAUGUCUCCGGUGAAUCAAAUCAUCAAGAGAAGGAGGAACCUGUGAGCUCUAGAAACUCUUCUGAUAACAGCAGCAGUUCAGAUGAGAAAAAUCACAUAGGCAAGGAACCUGCUUCUAGAAGCUGUUCUGAUUGUGCGCACAACAGUUCAGAUAAUGGGCAAUUAGGCGGAGAGGAUUCUCCGUUGAUACCACAAAAAUCUUCGCCAGAAGUGGCUGUAAAUGGAUCUAAAGCUAUUUCUUAGACUAUUUAGCAGGAUGACUUGUUUUGUUUCUCUGUAUUGUUCAAGUUGGGGACACGCUUGGUGCAAAUCAAGUUUGUCAAGGAACAGCAUAUUGGAGCUGAAAGAAUAGUUGAUUAUGGCACAUGGUGAUUACAGAUUGUCGCCUUCAAGCAAUCAUAGGAAAAGGAUACUGUCUCACGCAACUAACGUCGGGGAGAGGAAAAUUAUACGCAUAUUGUGGCUGCAGUCUUCCAUUUGCUUGGCAUUUCUUACGGUCCUACCCGAGCAACUGUUGCCGCUGGAGAACAUCACCACUAAUUUUGUUUUGUCCAGUCUCCUGGUCGUCUUUGUUUUUUGUUCUUCGGCACCCCACUUCUUUCUGGUCUGUCAUCUUCCAUUUUGCCUUGUUGCUUUCCCCCCACUUUUAUUUGUCUCGAAAAUGCCUGAAAUGUGAAACCAUAUGAUAGAUAGGGCAUCAAUAUAUGCUCUUUAUAGUGCUUUCUUUGUUUAGUUUUGUGGUGAGUUUGGCUGUAAUAGAGGAAAUCAAGUGGGCUAGAGGCCAAAUUUUUCUCCAGUUAUUGUAGAAACUCUAUUUAUAAACCCAUUGUAAAUUAGAAUAUUGCUUGCGGUUGCAACUUUUACCAUUGAAAGCUUUCUUCCGAUUGCAAGGAAAAAUUCUUUCCUUGAUUAAGGAAUGUUUGAGCAUACAUA